AGAUAAAAAUAAUCUAUCUCUAGGUUGUUAUUGAAAUCUUAAUAAGGUAAUCAGUCACCUAAGUGAUACUCCAACGUGAACAUGAAGCAAAUUAUUUACUCCUUAUUAUUAUUUAUUGCGUUUUGCAGGGCAAAUGAGCAUCCGGAAGUUGAGACUUCUUUGGGUAAAAUUAGGGGACUUGUAAGACAAUCUUUUGGUGGGCGAAAGUAUGCUGUGUUUGAAGGUAUCCCCUUUGCAAAACCCCCAAUUGGAGAUUUAAGAUUUGAAGACCCUCAAUCAAUUGAUGGAUGGAAAGGAACAUGGGACGCAACUGUUUCUCACACUUGCAUCCAAGCUGCAAGGAAAAUGGUGGAAACACCUCUGGGGGAAGAAGAUUGUUUAUACCUAAACGUCUACGUGCCUCUAGAAAGACUCCAUGAAGGAGAGAACCUGGACGUAAUCGCCUAUGUACAUGGUGGAGUUUUUAUGAUUGGCAGUGGUUCCUCUUACGUCUCCCCCGACUUGCUCAUGGAUAAAGAUGUAGUGUUUGUUACAUUUAAUUACAGAUUAGGAAUAUUAGGUUUCUUAAGCACCGGUGAUGGCGUGGUAUCAGGCAACCUGGGACUCAAAGACCAAGUCGUGGCUUUGCAAUGGAUCCAACGCCACAUCAGAAACUUCGGCGGCAACCCACACUCCGUAACAUUGGCCGGCGGGUCGGCUGGAGGCGCCAGCGUCCACCUCCAUUACUUCUCGCCCCUGUCCAAGGGGUUGUUCCACCGUGCCUUUUCCGAAAGCGGCGUCGCCUUGAACCCUUGGGUACUACAGGAAAGACCCGGCGAAAAAACGAAGAAACUCGCCAGUUUGGUCGGAUGUUUCGUCGAGGAUACGAAGAGUGUUGUCAGUUGUUUGAAAGAAAGACCUGCCACCUUGCUGCUGUCGAAACUGACUGAAUUCUACGGUUAUGGGGGAUUUCCGUUUUCGCCCUUCGCCCCCGUCGUGGAGUCGGUCAACGAGCCGAACAGGUUCCUUCCGAAACAUCCCAUAAAAGCGUACGUGGACAAGGAUAUAAUUGAUGUUCCUUGGCUUGUUAGUACAGCCGCUGAUGAAGGACUGUUUCCAGCCAUUUGGCUUGAGUCAGAAAUUGAUAUGGAUGAGAAAUGGCCAGACAUUGCAGCCUAUGCUUUGGAUUAUAAUUAUACAAUGGCUAAGUCACACUGGGCAAAAAUAGGAAACAAAAUUAAAGAACAUUAUCUGGGAGCUGGAGUCAAAUUAUCAAAAGACAACUUAAAGCAAUUUUCGAGAGUAUUCUCUGAUAGAUUAUUUGUAAAUGGUGCAGAAGACGCUGCAAGAAGACAGUCUAAAGUGAACAAAUCUCCGGUUUACUACUUUGUUUUCAGCCAUGAAAGUGAACCUUUGAAUGAGUUUAACAUUUCCGGUGCAGGACAUGGACUUAGCAGAUAUUACAUGUAUGGAGCGUCCGAUGAAAAAUUUACGGAUGAAGAUAAAAAGCUCUUGCCUCUUAUGGUAAACAUGUUAACAACAUUCGUUAAAACAGGAAAACCUGAAUUUCCAGGAGUUCAGUGGGAUCCAGUAAGAAGUACUGAUAUAACGUACGUCAAUAUUAAGGGACCAACUGAUAUUAAACUGGAAACUCAAGAUGAAUUGUCACCCAGAGAAUUCUGGAGUAGUUUGAACAUCUUGGAAAAUGAGAAAAUUGUUCUUGUCAAAGAUGAAUUGUAGUUAAUAAAUAUUUACUAUGUAAUAUUCAUAUUUUUAACAAAUAUACUGCCAAUGCUUCAUCUGUCCAGUGACAGGAGGAACAGUACAAGAAAUCUCUGUUUAGAAAAUUUAGAGAACAUUUUAUUAGUUGUACCAGAUAUAUAAUGGUAUAUCUCUGUAACUAUAUCUUUGUAUAUAAUCGCUUUUAUUAAUAAAA